ACCCUAAAACUAGCGCAUCGUAAAAAAAUCAUAAACAGAUCCAUAUUUUUUUUGUGAAUCGAAUUGAUCAUGGACUCUGUUUCUGUGGCUAACUCAGUAAUGUUAGCCCGAGUCAAUGGGCUUAACUCGGUUCGUCAUUCUCAGUUACCCUGCAUUGUACCUUCAUACCAUCAUCGCUGCCCAGUCGUAGCUUUCCAUUUCUCGAAACGACGUCGUUCGUAUUCUACAACUCACCGCCGCCUUCUCCUCACCCCCUCUAUCGUCGACGCUCACAUCAACAACUCCGUUCCCGCUACCGGGUCCUGUACAGUUGGUGAUUUCAUGACGAGGAAGGAGGAUCUCUAUGUUCUUAAAACGACGACAACUGUUGAUGAAGCACUGGAGGCUCUGGUGGAGAAAAGAGUUACUGGUUUUCCAGUGAUUGAUGACGACUGGAAAUUGAUUGGUGUUGUUUCAGAUUAUGACUUGCUAGCAUUGGACUCCAUAUCAGGUGGGACUCAAAGUGACACAAACUUGUUUCCAGAUGUUGAUAGUUCUUGGAAGGCAUUUAACAAGAUACAGAAAUUGCUAAGCAAGACAAAUGGCAAAGUUGUCGGUGACUUGAUGACGCCUGCUCCGCUGACUGUUAUGGAAACCACCAAUUUAGAAGAUGCUGCUCGAUUGUUGCUGGAAACAAAAUACCGUCGACUACCAGUGGUGGAUAGUGAUGGUAAACUGGUUGGAAUCAUCACGAGGGGAAACAUUGUCAGGGCUGCUCUGCAGAUGAAAGGUCGGCCUAAUACCUGAAUUACAAAACAAGAAGAAGAAGAAGAAGAAGAUUCAUAAGCUCGGAAUCAUGUUGAUGAUGCAAUUCUUUUUGCACUGCAACCCAGUUCUAUUUUUUGUCCCAGGUAAAUUAUUUGCUGUCACACAUACCAUGGACUACACUGAGGGAAGUGCUCUGUUGAUUUCUUCCCCGAGCAGUUCAUGUUAUACACGUAGCUUGCUUGCCUAUGUAAAAUCUUAUACUUGAACUAGUAAGUUAAGAUAAAAUGUUAGCUAGGAUAAGAUUUAAUCCUGCAGUAAUAUUAUGCUGAGUAUUAUUGUAUUAACUAGCUUUCCAAUCUUUAUCAGUAAUUUUCAGUAUCUUCUCA